GCAUGACGUCAAUCUCAUACAGUAGUUUAUUGAAGGUCGCAGAAGUCGUGUUAAUUUCAUAUUAUUUCAUACAGUUGUUGCGCGCUACUGUUGUGAUAACAGUUGAUUUAGAAAAUGGCGUUAAACGCAACCGGUAAGUUGCUGAAGGCAACCACAUCGCCGUUGCGGACAAUCGUAGCUGCGUACCACCCCAAUGUAAUCGACCACUAUGAGAAUCCUCGUAAUGUCGGCUCUCUCGACAAGAAGGACGUCACCGUCGGUACUGGUUUGGUUGGUGCACCUGCCUGUGGAGAUGUGAUGAAGCUACAGAUCAAAGUUGAUGACAAUGGCAAGAUAAUUGAUGCUAAAUUCAAGACAUUUGGAUGUGGAUCUGCCAUUGCAAGCAGCUCUCUAGCCACUGAAUGGGUCAAAGGUAAAUCAAUUGAUGAGGCAGCUAAACUCAGAAAUACUGAUAUUGCAAAAGAAUUGGCUUUACCACCAGUGAAAUUACAUUGCUCCAUGUUGGCUGAAGAUGCCAUUCAGGCAGCUUUAUCUGAUUACAAAAUCAAGCAGAAGAAGAAGGCAGAGGCUGCAGGCUAAACAAAAGGUUUUGGUGAAAAUUUAAAGUUUGUUUAAAGGGAAUUUGUGAGAAUCUAUAGUGGGCUUAGUUUCUGAUACUCUGUAAAAAUUGUAUGUAUAAUAAAGAUUUUUAGGUGAA